CUUUGGAAUCAUAUGUUUUGCCAGGGAAAAUCGAUAAUCCGUGAGGAAAAAAAGAUUUCAUCACGAGGAGGAUGUAAACACGAAUCGCUAUCCAGAACGGAACAACAUAUUGUAGCUUUGAAAAAUUGAAUCAAAUCCCGCGAAGUGGAACCAUGCAGAUGAACGACAGUGGACACGAAACUGACGACCGGUUGGAAGCGCUGUUUUUCGACAAUCUGGAUAAAAACGGCGACAGUCUUGCCGUGGUGGACAACCAAUCAGAUUCCGAUGCAGAAAGUGAUAUCUACUCGAAAAUCAACGACUUCGAUGUAGUUUUCCACGAUCCGAAAGGAAAAAACUCCCAUCCGGUGGGGACAGGUGACCUCACGAGGCAGAUUCCCAGUAGGGAAGCACAAACAGAUGAAGUGUCCACGCAGAUAAAAGCAACGACCGGAACGGCUUCUUGCAACAAUCGUAGGGUUCUGACCAGCGACAACAGUACCGAUUCGUACGCGUCUUCCAUAACCAAUAGCAAUGUUUCCACGCAGGAAGAUGAAGCACAGCCCAAUCAGAAGCUGACCCAGAUUAAUACGUGCAAAAUUUUGCAACGUAAGCUCGAGCUGAAAGUGGAACGGGCUAAGCGUAACUACCGUCAAAUGUAUGAAGAGCAGGACUUCAACCACGAAGUGGUACCAAAAUCAGCAUCGCUCAUACCCAUUUCUCGACUGCCCAUACCGGGGGGUGCCGUAAUCGUGCGAGACCUGCACCAACUGUUGGUAGAUGUGAAUCCGUCCGACGGCAACAGUGACGAGGACGAUCUGGAGCCGGUUUCCUUUUUCCCCAAACCGAACCGCAAGAUGGCGCAAUCGGCGCACACGCGUCAGGAACUGUCCGACACGUUCAGCAUACAGGAAAUGACGAUCGAAUCCGACCAGGAGGACCAGGAGCAAGACUUUGAACAAUGCCGGAAGUUGUCCAAUAGCAAGGGCUACAAGAAAAUUCUCAACCGGGGCCUGAGCGGGGAGAACGACUAUUUGGACAACGACGCAGAAGAUUAUGAGGACGAUGACGACGACUCGCAGAACCUGGAACUGCUGCCGCCGAACGUGGGCUACAAUCUGAAGGAAUGGGCACAGCGAACGUUGUGUUGCUUCCGCCGUAACGACUUCAUGUCAUGAGAGUACAAGUACGAGCUGGUUGCCGCCGGUGGUAUCGACAACGGCUGAUGGGAAGUUGAUGAGGGGAGCAGGGAAAAUGGGAUAAUAUCAUGGCUUUGACGUAAAAUAUUAACGAACGUAAAUACAUUAUUCAAAAAGAAA